AUGUUCUUUCUUUUUUCUUUCUUUCUUUUUUCUUUCCUUCUUUCUGUCUUUCUUUCUUUCUUUUUUCUUUCCUUCUUUCUGUCUUUCUUUCUUUCUUUUUUCUUUCCUUCUUUCUUUUUUCUUUCCUUCUUUCUGUCUUUCUUUUUUCUUUCCUUCUUUCUGUCUUUCUUUCUUUCUUACUUUCUUUCCUUCUUUCUGUCUUUCUUUCUUUCUUUUUUCUUUCCUUCUUUCUGUCUUUCUUUCUUUCUUUUUUCUUUCCUUCUUUGUCUUUCUUUCUUUUUUUUUCUUUCCUUCUUUCUGUCUUUCUUUCUUUCUUUUUUCUUUCCUUCUUUCUGUCUUUCUUUCUUUCUUUUUCUUUCCUUUUCUGUCUUUCUUUUUCUUUCUUUUUUCUUUCUUUCUUUCUUUUCUUUUUUCUUUCCUUCUUUCUGUCUUUCUUUCUUUCUUUUUUUCUUUCCUUCUUUCUUCUUUCUUUCUUUCUUUUUUUUUUUCCUUCUUUCUGUCUUUCUUUCUUUCUUUUUUUUUCCUUCUUUCUGUCUUUUUCUUUCUUUCUUUCUUUCCUUCUUUCUGUCUUUCUUUCUUUUUUCUUUCCUUCUUUCUGUCUUUCUUUCUUUCUUUUUUCUUUCCUUCUUUCUGUCUUUCUUUCUUUCUUUUUUCUUUCCUUCUUUCUGUCUUUCUUUCUUUCUUUUUUUCUGUCUUUCUUUCUUUCUUUUUUCUUUCCUUCUUUCUGUCUUUCUUUCUUUCUUUUUUCUUUCCUUCUUUCUGUCUUUCUUUCUUUCUUUCUUCUUUCCUUCUUUCUGUCUUUCUUUCUUUCUUUUUUCUUUCCUUCUUUCUGUCUUUCUUUCUUUCUUUUUUCUUUCCUUUCUGUCUUUCUUUUUUCUUUCCUUAUUUCUCUCUUUCUUUCUUUCUUUUUUCUUUCCUUCUUUCAGUCUUUCUUUCUUUCUUUUUUCUUUCCUUCUUUCUGUCUUUCUUUCUUUCUUUUUUCUUUCCUUCUUUCUGUCUUUCUUUCUUUCUUUUUUCUUUCCUUCUUUCUGUCUUUCUUUCUUUCUUUUUCUCCGACCCUUUCGUUUAUUUAUCCGAUUCUCUUUCUUUCUUUGUUUCUUUUUUCUUUCUUUCUUUACUUUAAUUAUCCGAUUCACUUUCUUUCUUUCUUUCUUUUUUCUUUCCUUCUAUCUGUCUUUCUUUCUUUUUAAAAGAUUCCUCUUUUCUCUCUGUCAUCCUUUUUUUCGAUGUUCUACUUUUCUUUCUUUCUUUCUUUCUUUCUUUCUUUCUUUCUUUCUUUCUUUUCCCCAGUAUUUUAACACCUACUGCUAUUUCUUUAUAAACCAUUCUUUCUUUCUUUCUUUCUUUCUUUCUUUCUUUCUUUCUUUCUUUCUAGUAUUUAACAACCACUUCUAUUUCUUUAUCAAUCUUUCUUUCUUUCUUUCUUUCUUUCUUUCUUUCUUUCUUUCUAUAUUUAACAACCACUUCUAUUUCUUUAUCAAUCUUUCUUUCUUUCUUUCUUUCUUUCUUUCUUUCUUUCUAGUAUUUAACAACCACUUCUAUUUCUUUAUCAAUCUUUCUUUCUUUCUUUCUUUCUUUCUUUCUUUCUUUCUUUCUAUAUUUAACAACCACUUCUUUUCUUUAUCAAUCUUUCUUUCUUUCUUUCUUUCUUUCUUUCUUUCUUUUUCUAGUUUUAACAACCACUUCUAUUUCUUUAUCAAUCUUUCUUUCUUUCUUUCUUUCUUUCUUUCUUUCUUUCUUUCUAUAUUUAACAACAACUUCUAUUUCUUUAUCAAUCUUUCUUUCUUUCUUUUCUUUUUCUUUCUUUCUUUCUUUCUUUCUAGUAUUUUAACACCUACUUUCUAUUUCUUUAUAAACCAUUCUUUCUUUCUUUCUUUCUUUCUUUCUUUCUUUCUAGUAUUUAACAACCACUUCUAUUUCUUUAUCAAUCUUUCUUUCUUUCUUUCUUUCUUUCUUUCUUUUUCUUUCUUUCUAUAUUUUAACACCUACUGCUAUUUCUUUAUAAACCAUUCUUUCUUUCUUUCUUUCUUUCUUUCUUUCUUUCUUUCUUUCUUUCUAGUAUUUAACAACCACUUCUAUUUCUUUAUCAAUCUUUCUUUCUUUCUUUCUUUCUUUCUUUCUUUCUUUCUAGUAUUUAACAACAACUUCUAUUUCUUUAUCAAUCUUUUCUUUUCUUUCUUUUCUUUCUUUCUUUCUUUCUUUCUUGCUAUAUUUAACAACCACUUCUAUUUCUUUAUCAAUCUUUCUUUCUUUCUUUCUUUCUUUCUUUCUUUCUUUCUUUCUUUCUUUCUAUAUUUAACAACAACUUCUAUUUCUUUAUCAAUCUUUCUUUCUUUCUUUUCUUUCUUUCUUUCUUUCUUUCUUGCUAUAUUUAACAACCACUUCUAUUUCUUUAUCAAUCUUUCUUUCUUUCUUUCUUUCUUUCUUUUUCUAGUAUUUAACAACCACUUCUAUUUCUUUAUCAAUCUUUCUUUCUUUUUUCUUUCUUUCUUUCUUUUCUUUCUUUCUUUUCUUUCUAUAUUUAACAACCACUUCUAUUUCUUUAUCAAUCUUUCUUUCUUUCUUUCUUUCUUUCUUUCUUUCUUUCUAGUAUUUAACAACAACUUCUAUUUCUUUAUCAAUCUUUCUUUCUUUCUUUUCUUUUCUUUCUUUUCUUUCUUUCUUGCUAGUAUUUUUAACACCUACUGCUAUUUCUUUAUAAACCAUUCUCUUUUCUUUCUUUCUUUCUUUUUUCUUUCUAUAUUUAACAACCACUUCUAUUUCUUUAUCAAUCUUUCUUUCUUUCUUUCUUUCUUUCUUUCUUUCUUUCUUUCUUUCUAG